CUGCACUGUUGGCACGCAAAAGGCGUUGAGAAAGUGGAAACGAAUAAAUAAAUAGAAUAGUUAAGCUAAAAUCCAGAUUCAUCGUGUUAUCACGCUAGCGUUGUUUUGUUCUGUUGUUGAAAUGAAAUGACUGAACCAGAACCUCCUCCAUUUUCUUCUGCUUCUUCUUCAGUAGUUGAAGAAGUCGAAAUCGUUGAAAGCUUAACCCUAAUUCCUGGCCUCCCAAAGGAUGUGGCGGCGCUGAUCCUGUCGUUGAUCCCUUACUCCCACCAGGCGCGGCUGAAGGCCACCUGCAAAUCGUGGCGCCUCUUCCUCUCAUCGAAAACCCUCCGCCGACUUCGACUCCGAGAACUUUGUUCCCAGUCCCACCUCCUCUGCAUCUUCCCUCAAGACCCAUCACUGGAGUCCCCUUUCCUCUUCGACAGGGACAACCUGGCCUGGGCCCCACUUCCAACCACACCCCCAAACCCCCACACCUACGGCCUUUGCAACUUCACCUCCCUCUCCAUUGGAGCCCACCUCUACGUCCUCGGUGGGUCCCUCUUCGACACCCGAUCCUUCCCCAUCGAUCGCCCUUCCCCUUCCUCCUCCACCUUCCGCUUCGAUUUCACCACCCAUUCUUGGGAAUCCCUCGCCCCUAUGAUACACGCGCGGGGGAGUUUCGCCUGCGCUGCUGGAUCCAACAACCACAUCUUGGUGGCCGGAGGCGGGUCCCGCCACACGGUAUUCAGUGCGGCUGGGACUAGAAUGAAUUCGGUGGAGCGAUACGAUAUCGGGAAGAACGAGUGGGUGGAAUUGGAGCGUUUGCCUGGUAUGCGAGCCGGGUGCGUGGGGUUCUUUGUGGAGAAAGAAGAAAAGAGCGGAUUUUGGGUGAUGGGAGGGUACGGGGAGGAGAGGACGAUAGGUGGGGUGUUCCCCGUGGAUGAGUAUUGCAGGGACGCUGUGGUCAUGCAGUUCAACAACAGCACUGGGUGUGGGAACUGGAGAGAGGUUGGGGAUAUGUGGGAACAAGGGGAGAAAGUCAGGGUUGGCAAGAUUGUGGUUGUCGAGGAUCACGAGAGAUCGGGUCAUCCCGGGGUCUUUAUGCUCGACGGCAACCAUAUUUUCAGAUAUGACAUGGCUUCAAACCGUUGGCAGGAGGAGUCGCAUGUUCCAAAAAAAACUCCUCAUAACUCAGCAUUUGGUUUUGUUGUAUUGGAUGGGGAAUUGCAUGUAUUGACCCUAUUGAAUGCAUUUGAUCCACAAGAAACCCGAAGGAAGCAACAUCAUAAGAGGGCUGGAACACUUUACAUCCAGAUCUACCAUCCCAAGAAGAAGACCUGGAGAACUCUCAUUACAAAGUCACCGUUCCCUCACCCUUUAGAUUUUAAUACUGCAGUAAUGUGCAGCAUUCGAUUGUGAACUAUAGUAAUUCUCAUUUGUGUGCUGCAAGUACUCUUACCAAACCACAAAUUUACUCUAUCUCAGAAAAUAGAAAAGAGGGUAAAAAAGAAGAAUGAUUCAUGUGUGAGUGAUUGAUGUUAAUUGACGUGGUCGUUUGCCUUUGGCUUAUUUGUAUAUAGACCUCAAUGUACAGCUUUACGUGUUUGUUUGAAUGGAUGUAAGUGCUAUAUAAUGUCUCAGUUGUAACCUAAAUGGAGUAAAUAACUCAUUCAGCCCAGGAAAAACAAUUGUCUAUGUAAAUU